AUGCGCCAUGUUCGAUUUUUGUCUCAAUGGCAAUUUUACCUUGAUCCUGAAGUUAACAUCCCUAUAAACUUUUUUUUACAAGAGCCUUUUUGGGGUAUGUUGAGUUGUACUUCUAAAAUCCUAUAUAGAGACCGCUUCAAAGGUUUUCGAACGUGUAGUGAAUUAUCAAAAAAGGACCAAGAUUUCAACAACGCAGAUAGUUCUAAUCAUGUAUCUAAAUUCGCCGAGAAGAACAAUGUGAAUCGACAAAGCGAACGUAACAUUAUUGAGACAUUUCCUACAAUCGUAUCCAAGCAUAUAGUUUUUUCUGAUUCCGAAGAAAACGAUAAGCAGCCAUUUGCGAUCGCCUUAGAAGAAGAAAAACACCUAAUCGACAAUACUGACGUAAAUUGCUCAUCGAUCAAAAAGCCUCUGCAAUCAAGAAAGUAUUUUACAUCUGUCUCCUACACCUUAAAACAUUUGCUUCAUUCUGACUCGGUUAUAUCGGAAAGUGACUCAUCAUCUGAUUCAAACCAUGAACUCAGAACUCAAAAUUUGUACUUCCAACUGCUAGUUCUCAAGCGACUAAAAGAACUAUUCCAAAUGUUCUCUCCUUCAAUAGUUCAAAAAGUAAUACCAGUGUAG